GGCAGCAGUAGGGUCGCCGAUAGGUGCCCAUAUACGACGACGACGACGCACACAAUCUCGUCGCGUAUUGGUUCUCUCGCUCUCUCUCUCUCUCUCUCGCAGUCGGUCUCGCUCUGCGCCCGUAGCACGGCAUUACAUAUCGAAAAUUUCACUUUAUCGCCGAGCAUAAUAAAUAUUUACAAGUCAAACUGAAGUGAGAGAGAGAGAGAGAUUGGCUGUGUUGUGUUGCGGCUCUGUAUAUACCUACUACUCGCUACUCCGUCUCCCCCGUGUGCUGCUGCUCCGAUGUGUCUCGGCUUCUUUUUCUUACCAAUUCUGCGUACUAGCUGCUGCUUUGCGUGUGUGCUGUGCUGUGCGAGCCAAGGAGAGAAGCGCACACCUUAGUCACCGAUGAAUUAUUAAUUCGCGAGCGACGACGAUUCACGUCCGGGGACUCUCCGAUUUUUAAUGAUAUACGUAGUCCUUUACGGCUCGAAUCCCCUACCGCACACCCCCCUGCCUGCAAGUAUAAUGGGGGACUGAAGAAAAAAAAACGAUUUGUACAUAAGCUGUAAGAGUUGGACGACAACGGCGACGACGACGACAAAGAUCUGUCAGUUUAUUAUUAUCAAUCGUACGCCUCCGAUUAUCUCUGCUUUUUAAAGAAGCAGCAGCAAGCACGCAAGCAUGCUGUGCACGACCGAGUGCAUCAUCAUCGGUGUCGAAUCAUCGACCAAGACGGUGAGGCUCCUCGUCGGCCGCCCUUUAAAAUGACAGGCCGAGGUCCGAGGGUAACCUUCCCGUUCAAAAUUGCACUUUUUCCAUGCUCAUGGUUGUUAUUUUUCGUCGCCGCCGCCGCCACCACCACCACCACAGCUGAUCUUUGAAAGAAAUCCAAUUUCUCCUCCGAGGAACGCUUCUCGAUCAACUCAUUAAUUUGAAGAAUACCAGAUAAUUUCAAGUCCAUAUUCCAAAAUGGGUAAUAAAAGUAGUUGUUGCUAUUACUCAAGUCCUACAUUGGGCAGAAAAGAUUAUCCUUGUGAGAACGAUGCACGAGGCAUCGAAGUUAAUUUUGAAACCAAAAUGAGUGUCAAUAAUCUCCAACACAUAAGCGAGAGAGAGCCUGACGAUUGGGACUCUGAUCCUUCCAUACACCCUAGCGCUGCUACUAUUUUCAUGGAGCGGUCUAAAAAAUCUAUUGAAAAUGGACUCACACGAAAAAGGAGUCAGUAUCAAAUAGCUGAAAUGAGACCUCUCAAAAAAAGUAGCAGUUGCAGUACAAUAUAUUUAGAUGAUAGUACAGUAUCACAGCCUAAUUUGAAAAGUACUGUUAAAUGUGUAGCUUUAGCUGUAUAUUAUAAUAUAAAAAAUAGAACGUCCAAUAGGGUAAUUGAAAUAUUUGAUGAAAAACUACAUCCUUUAACGCGUGAUGGUGUAUUAGAGGAUUAUGAUAAACACAAUCCAGAGCAUAAGCAGAUAUAUAAAUUUAUCAGAACACUUUUUAAUGCAGCACAAUUAACAGCUGAGUGUGCCAUUAUAACAUUAGUUUACCUUGAACGCCUGCUAACAUAUGCAGAAUUAGAUGUCACACCUGCUAACUGGAAAAGAAUAGUUCUAGGAGCAAUUCUGCUGGCAUCAAAAGUUUGGGAUGAUCAAGCUGUGUGGAAUGUUGAUUAUUGUCAAAUUUUGAAAGAUAUUACUGUUGAAGAUAUGAACGAAUUGGAAAGACAGUUUUUGGAAUUAUUACAGUUUAAUAUUAAUGUUCCUUCAAGUGUAUACGCCAAAUACUACUUCGAUCUUCGUACAUUGGCUGAAGCAAACGAAUUGACAUUCCCACCCGAGCCUCUUAGCAAGGAUAAAGCCCAAAAACUUGAAGCAAUGUCUAGAAUUUUUGAAGAUAAAAUAAUGGCUGAGCAUUUACGGAAUGGUAUGAAAAAAUGGUCUAGCUUAGAUAAUGUAUGCAUAGGAGGUCACAGACGAAGCAUAGCUAUUUUGUCUUAAAAUAAACUUAUAAUUGAUAUUAUCUUCUUGAGAUAGUAUAUUGUAUAAGGCCAUGAAAAAAGGUAAUGCUAUUUCUUCAUGCCUCUGAAUUUCUUAAAAAUUUAACAUUUAAAUUUGAGGCCCUCAUUUGUUUCAGCAUCAUUAAAUAGUGAGAUUUACUUGAACCAAAUAUUUAAUAAUUUUGUAGAACGUUUAGUUUCUUUUACGACAAAAUGGACUAUUUAUAUUAUUAUAAAUAAUAAGGCUGAAUUUUUUGAUCAUAUACAAUGAAAAUUAACAUUCUUGUAUGCAUUAUGAAGUAUUGAGUUUUUACAUAGUUGAAUCAUGUUAGAUGCACGUGAAACAAACGCGUUUUGUGAUUUUUACAAAUCAAAAUUUUUUUACUUUCAUUUUACUAACGACUGAAGACAUUUUAAGUGUGAUAAUAUUAUAUGAAGUCACGAUUUUUAAGAAAGAUUUUUAUGUUAAAAGGUUCAUAAAAUUUUUAGUGAUACAUUUUUCAUCUAUAAAAAUAAAUUCUAUUCCUCUUUAAUGUAAGUUUUUAUUUAAAUGAAAAUAGUUGGGUAUAAGAACAUUCGCAAUUGUAAAGGAAAGUUUUAAGAAUUUGGUUCAAAUUCAAUUGUUCAACUGUUCCAAAUUGAUUUUAAUUAAGAUAGAUAUUUUAAUAGAUCACAACUUUAAAAAUAGAAAGUGCCAACACAAAUGUGCUAAAGAAUUUUGCUUUUGGGUAGCACAAAAAGUAACUAAGUAGAGCUCUAGCGAAUUUUUUUACAAAUACUUUUAAUGUAUUAUUUUUGUAUUCUGAUGUGGCAAUGGCAAAAUUAUUUUACA